GAUUACUACUUUGCAUCAGUGUUACAAAUUUUAUUUUUAAAUUUGGGUAAGGAUAUUGAAUCUCAUCAAACGAACUAUAUUAUUCAUAUUGAAAAAAACUACGUUGACUUCACAUAAUAUUUGUAACGGGAUACUUCUUUUUCAUUGCAGUCUAGGAGAGUUAUUGAAACUCAUCCAACGAUCAAUAUUUCCUGUUGAAAAAAACAACAACACAUUGACAUAUUUGUCACUGGAUAUGUCUGUUCAAUACUUCCUUUUGGAAAGAAACACGUUGACUUGACAUAAUAUUUGUAACUUGAAGCUUCUGUUUAAAUGCCGCCUAGGUUAUUGCAAGUUAUAGCUGUUCACGGUCUGAUGACACUUAAGAAAUGAAUACAUUAAAUGCAUUCAACGGAUAACUCGCAGUGGGUAGAGGUUGCGAAGAAGUAGGUAACAAGAUGUGUUAUAUAAAAUUAAAAGUAGUGCGUACCAUUUUGUUAGUUUUAUUUUUGUUCAAAGGGUUUAACUCAGAACGAACAACGAGCACAUCGGAGAACCAAACCAAUGGGAAUAAUUCAUAUUCGAAGAGCGACGAUGAAAUACCAUCUGUGUUCGAACAAAUCGUUAAAUGGAAUCAAAGACAUAAUGGAUCGAUAAGAACUAGUGCAGAACAAUUUAGUGAAAAGGUUGAAAACAUGUUUAAAAACUACAUAUCAUAUCUUCCACCUUUUAUGGGAAGCUAUAACUACAUAUUUUGGUUAAAUAUAUCAAUUGUUUCGAAAGAAUUAAUCGAGAUAGAUGAAGUAGAGGAACGAUUGUCUGUCGUGAUGGAGUUCAUGUAUAAGUGGAAGGAUGAACGACUUGCAUGGGAAUCUGAAACAUUGACAAAUGACAGUAAACGUUUUUAUUAUUUGCCAAUUGAUGAAAGUAAGAUUUGGACUCCUACCGUGGAGAUUUCUAAUCAGCAUCAUUCUAAAACGCAAGACGAUGGAAAAAAGAGCAACAGCGUUCUUUAUGUGUUCAUGGAAGGCUCGAUAAUUUGGUCACACACCAAACGUUUCAACACAAUGUGCAACAUCGACACAACGUACUUCCCGUUUGAUAGACAAAUAUGUCGUGUGCAUUUUUUUGCACCAAUUCCAUACUUGAAUUCUGCAUUAAACUUCAGCCACGAAGUAUUGAAUAAUAGACUGGACAAUGGAAAUUGGAGAUUGAUUGACACAAGAGUUUAUCAGAGUUAUAGCUAUUAUAAUUUAAUUUAUCAUAUGACGGUCGAGUUCAUAUUUGAACGCAAACCAUUUGCUCCUAUUCUUAUCCUGAUUAUUCCUGUGUUUAUGCUCGUGUCCCUUGCACCUUUGGUGUUCCUUCUCCCUAAAGAUGGAGGAGACAGGCUUGGACUCGCUCUAACAGUAUUACUUGCGGUAUCAGUAUACAUGACUUUGGUCGCAGACAAUCUUCCAUCCUCAUCUGAUCCUGUACCGUACAUCACCAUCGUCUUUUUUACCUGGUACGUAUCCAGUGCCGUGAUUGUUGUACUCAUAUUGCUGAAUGCAAAGCUUUAUAACAAACGCAACAAUAAGACGAUCCCAAGGUUUCUACAGCGAUUGGUUCUUAUAAGCAGGCGAUGCUCCUGUCUGGAAGAUGACGAUAAUGAACAUCCUGAAAACAAUCAAACGUGUAUUGAUGAAAGUGAAGCCCCCUUAGCUGAAAAGAAAACUGAGGCCAACGAUUCAACUGAAUACCACUCAACUAGAACCAUCACUUGGCAGCAUGUUAGUUUGUGUUUAGAUAAAUGGUUCGUUAUAAUGUUUUAUUGCAUUAAACUACUGUUUGCAAUCAUCACUUUUAUCACACUUUACCAUGGGGACAAACACAAAACCGAUACUGAGGAAACUCAUUUCGAUAAAACGGCAAAUCCUUAUAGCUACGGUGAUAUCAAUGACUUAUUGAUAGAUUUGAAUUGAAGAGAUAUUCAUAAAUUCAGCAAAACGUAAACCUUCUUUAUGCUAUGACAAUCUUCUACGGCUUCUACGGCCCAGAAGAAAUGAAAAAUGCAGCGUUAAGAGACUCCUCUUAUGUUUUAUCUGCUGCUCAUUUUAGUUUCCAAUAAUAGUUCGAUAAAAUUCAAAAUAAACGAAUGUUUAAAUAUAACGUAUGUAUCAGUAUACUGUUAUAUUACACAAAUGAUGGAGUACAUGUUAAUAAACAGUUAGAUAAUACUGCUAUAACGUUUUUAACGUGGGAUAUUUGUUUUAAAUUAUUUAUCAUUCUUUUGUUGACACAUGUUUAGUGUACUAACAUUUUAUUUCAUGAAAAUAUCUCAGUUUUGAUAACACUAAUUGUACAAAACAUUGUAAACGAACAGUUCAACUAGGUAUUAAAAAAAACUGUGAUUAAACUAUGAAAGUGAAACACUGAAACAACUACAAAAGACGAGGUUGAAUCUAAUAUUAACAUAAAAUCAAAAUAAACUUGCUUAAAUGAGCAAAUACAAUGUAACGUAUGUAUCAUAGGAACCUUCACUUAAUACUUAAAUGAAGUGCAUAUGUUAUGAAUCGCCAAUAAUUCAUUCCUAUGUCAUGAAAAUCUUCACAUUAGCUCAUCAAUACUGUUGAAAUGUUUUAAACGUGCAGAGUUGCACAUGGUAAGCCAUAGCUAACAGUCACAUUUGGUGGUAACGUAUGUAUUAUUAUGUAAGUCACUCUAUCAGUUUACAUGAAAACAUGUCCUAUAUCUUCUCUGCUUCUUCUGUGGAAAGUCUGAACAGUCUUUCCGAUUUCCCGGAAGGAGAAAGAGACUGUACACGGCAAAUUAUGUCAUUUGAUUCAAUCCAGAUACGGUCUUCAUACUGUGGCCAUUUGUUCAUUUCCUUCGCGCGUGUCAUAAAAUUGAUUUCUAACUCAGCGUUGUCAAUAUCAUUAUCAACGACCUGGCCGAUGUACCAUUUGCUCUCGUAUAAUGCAGCAACAAAGUCGCCCACUUUAACAGCAGGAACUGUUUCUUCAUUUUGAACUGCUUUUUCAGAUUGGUCUGUUUCUACAGUUGUUUGCCUUACCCCUACUGUGGUUUUGGUCUCUGGUCCAUUAUCUUUCGUGACACAAUCUAUGGCAUUGUCCUCGUUAUCAUUCUUCGUAUGAUCAUGCGGUUGUAUGUGUGAAUAUUUGUUUUGCCAUGUGGAACAGUAAUUGCCUGAGAGACAAAUAUGACAAUAACAUGAUGUUUCCCUUGUCAUUAUUAUGUUUGCUUCUUUGGACAUACCGACUGCAUGCAUUUUCAUGGUCCCUUUCACUGGUUUUGCAGUGAUUAAUCCCAUUGCAUUUUGUUUUUUCUGUGUCUCUGUCUUUGAAACAUAUAUGAAUUUGACAUCUUUCAUGCUUGACAUUAUCCCCCAUUUGAAGAAUUCUUCAGCGUCUUGUAUGACAGUGUGUCCUUGUUUUAUGGCACCGUCUGCGAUAUGCUUGACUGUGCCGCCUAAUCCGUCACAGGGGCCCUUCCCAUGGCCUACCUCAAAGUAGUUCCACCUUGCCCCUGACUGGUAUAUGCUUAGAUGGUUUACUAUGGUGUAAACAAUGAACCUAUUUCUGUAUUGGCUUGAUAGGGAACCUGUCCAAUAAUGAAUGGUAGUCAAGUUCGGUUUCAUCAAUUUAAGUAAUGGCAUCAAUUGGUCAAAGAAAGCACACACUGUGCUUGCUGAGUGGGACAUCUCAUCACUGACAACGAUGAAACUCUGAUGUUUGAGUUAACCAGAAGCCUUGUAGUAAGCCACUAUUGGAUGUAGUGUAACAGUUGCUUGGUUCCAAUAGGCUGUUUGAACCUCAUUCAGUGAUCGGCAGGCAAAAUUUUCUGCGAAAUCCAUUUGAAGCAUGAUUUCGUCAUCACCUAGGUUUUCCUUGAGAGUUCUAACUUGCUUGUACUGUUCAUUGACACGUGAAACGUGAUCAACAAAUGCCUUUAGCCGCUGUUUCAUGUCCUGUCUGAAUGUAUUGCAAUCAAUGUUUUGUUCGAUCACUUUCAUUCUCAUCUUGCCUUCGCUCUCAACCUUUUUCCAGGUUUUAAAAUUGACAUUUUCUGGCAAAUUCUCGAGAAUAUUAUCUAAUUCAUCUUGUCGGGCAAUAAGGUGUUCUGGAUUUUGUCCAAUUUUGAUACCAAGUUUACGGAGGGACUGGAUAUUUAAAGCCAUAUUUUGAUGAUGGACACAAUGGCAUGUAUUUCUUGAUAUGAAAGAUGUGAGCAAAAUAUUCUUUGGGCGCAGACGUUGAAAUGUUGUUUUAGAUAGUUUUGUUCCAGGGUUUUCUGACAAGAACUUGUCAUACAGAUUCCCAACAUAAUCUGUCAAAACUCUUGUUUGCUGCUUUUCUCCUGACUCUGUCUUCUUAGCAUCGGCCUUUCCUGGUUGGGAACGGCUGUUAUCAUCCCGACUUAGAAACUCGAUUACCUGACUUUUCAGAUUUCUCGCUAUGCACAGACGACUUUUACUGUGCGUGAUAUUGACCAAAUUUUUGUUCAUCACUUUAGCCAAUGAUUUUCUAGACAGACCUGUCUGUCGCUGUAUUUGAUUCAGAAACCUAUAUUUUCUUGCUAUUCUACCGGAUACAAUACAGUGCAGCCCUUGUCGCCUCUUUGCUAAUGUUGAUUCUCGUGCUGAUUUAAUUUCAGACAUGACAGUGUUACUUAACAAUAAUUUUCUUCUAAUAGCUUGUUUGCUUUUAUGUGUAAGUUUCAAACUUUGGAGGUCUGCUUCUGUCUGUUUCUUUGGUGUACUAUUCACAGUUGUAUUGUGUUUCACUUCAUUUAGUCUCUUGCUUAUGCGUGAUAUCUUGCGAUUCCGGACUUUAAGUUUCUUUCUCAGACUCUCAUUCAAUUCCUUAAGUUGUCUUACUUUCUUGUUAGACCUUGCAAGCGCUCUGGCUUUCACUGUUUUUAUACCCCUUGACUUAUUACUAUAUGUUGGUAACCUAACGAUACGUCGACUUGGUUCUUGUAGCUCUUGUUGUGUUCCUUCAGGAGUACCGCUUUCGUAUCCACUAGUUUCGUUCCCUUGAGAUAAACCAUCUUGUUGUUGUUGUUGUUGUUUAAGCAUUCUGGAAAAUCGGUUCCUUAAUUUGUUUUUUGAGUUUCUUUCAACCCCUUUUCUCUCUGAUAGUGUGAAUGCAGGUUUAUAGUAACCGCGCUGUCGAACCUUUUCUUUCUCUAAAAACGCUGACCCUUUAGCCUUUUGUCUCUCUCUAUACGCCUUUUGUAUUUCACUCCUUGAUUUCGCCAUUCUGAAAGACCAAUAUAAAAGUAACGUAAGUAUCGAUACAUACGUUACCAACAUGUUUGGCCAAAAGUUCCGCCUGUAAACCUUUCUUUGAACGUUUUACUUAUUCUAAUAUGAUGUCAGCAGGUUUAAUAAAAAUAUUAAAACUAGGUGUGUGAUAAAGAAAUGCAAACAAUUAGAAAAAUUGGCUCGAUCUGUCAAUAUUGUACUUCACAUAUUUCUGUACAAACUACUAUCAAUGAAACAAUCAAAUUUAAUUAAAUUAUAAUCAAUGACGUAUGUUUUUUCAUCACUACUGCAUAUAUGAAUAUGUAUAUGCAAUUAGUAUUACUAAAAAUAAAAUAAAUCACAAUUUUAUUACUUAUAUCAGUGCUUUAACAUAAUGAUACAUACGUUACUACUGGUCACGUAUGUAUCACUAUAUUGUCAUCCUUAGCUCCCCUUUCCUCUAAGCUUUAGACUCCACGUGAGUUUAAAUCAUAAAAUAUCAUUGUUUUCACAUUUAAAAGACAGUUUUUAUAUAAACUAAAUAUUAAAAACAACAAAAUAGUUCAUACCUGCAAAUCAGCCUCUCUGCUUCAAAUUAUGUUAAGACAAGAAACGUCCGAAAAACAUACAGCUAGUAAAUAUGACCUUCCAUAUUUAAAUCAUGGCGGUUUACAAACUUCAAAUCGGGUAAAGCUAGGUGAUAUUAUGUUUAUCGAUUGUUUCGAAUUAGUUUCGAAUUAUUUGGUAAGUAUCGGUAACGUAUGUAUUAUUUUAUCAUUCAGUAACGUAUGUAUUAUAAUUGUUCAAACCAUUGAAUUGCUUGUACAAAAUCGGUUCCAUAUAUUUUUGACAUAUUAAGACCUAAUUAAAUCAAAUUGAAUUAUAUUUGGUAUGCUAGAAAGAAAUUAAAUACUGAAUUUAUAGUGUAUUCUUACUGCCUUUAGAUAACUGAAUGACGUACUGUAUUUUGUGGUAACGUAUGUACUGAUAUGCUGUCGUCACGUUUUAACAACCUUUUACAAUGAGAAUUAUAUAAUGUAUCAAAGAUUUCUGAUUUUGAUAACAAUGGAAAUGUUGGUUUCUUUUGAAAACUGAGUUUAAACGUGUUUUAUAUGCAUUUUUUAACUGUUGCUUAAUGUCAGAAGAUUAAAAAUCACAACUGGCGUCAGUAACGUAGGUAUCGUUUUGGUGCAAUUAUAUAUAAUAAUAAUAGAUAUAAAAAUAAUAUUUAAUUACCAGCAAACUGAUAUAAACAACAUUAGUUCUCCAGUAACUGGCCUAUGGUCCCCUACAUGUGUGACUUGUGUUAUCAACACUGUAGACCUGUAGUAACCUUAGAGACACCAGAACACCUGUUUGGGCCCUAUAAAUGAAUUUAAAAAUUUUAAUAUCGUAAUAAAAACAAUCUAUUAAAGUCAAAUGUGAUUUUUACGCAUUUAAGCUGAUUUUUGCCGACUUUUUGUUUUUAUAAUUUCAAUUCUAACAUGUUGUAAUAAUGUUAUCUAUUUCUACGAAAUGUUCACGUGGUGUUAUAUCUUCCAACAUUUAUGUUAUCGAUAUGAUGAUAAUGUUUAAAACCAUCGUAUCCAAUUUUAAUGGAGUACAGAAUUUUUAAAUUAAGAUAGUACUAUCAACAUUUAAACUUCCUUUUACUUUAUUUUUCCCCCAUUUUAUUACACAUAGUGAUAUCACGGAAUUCGUUAAAUCAGUGAAUAUUAAAGAUAUCAGCUUAAACCGUCAGCACUUUAUUUAACAUAGCACAUUUGGAAAAUGCAAAAAAACUGAAAAAGUAAUUUUUCAUGUUCACAUUUGUUGCCAAACUUUAGUGUCACAUUGAAAUAAAAUCAAAUGGGUUUUGUACAGUCAUAAUAACCAUAUAUACAAAUUCAUAAAUUCAUUCAACUAUAUGUAACUCAUUAUUAGCUGUAAAGUUGUAAUACAUAUAUACAUAACCGAUAUUUAGGCGUUAUUGGAAUUCUGAAAAUUCAUCGACCUUCCUUCCUCUGACAUUAUUUAUAUUGUAAUAUCAUAUUUUGUAUAUAAACGCCUUAAAAAACGUCCAAAUACAUAAUACAGUCAGACACUGUUCUCAAAACAUUCAGGUGAAACAAAAUAUAAAUUUAUAUUAAUAUUCAACAUAUAACUAUUUUUUUUUAUCUACUUGAUUCAUUUCUCUUUUAUAUUGGUUACAAUCAUACGCUACAUUGUUAAUGAUAGUAUUGUAUUAUGUACUGCACCUUUGUUUAUUAUGUACUGCACCUUUGCAAAUUUUAAAUGUAAACAUUUGCCUGUUGUGUGACAGUGGAUGUAAGAUAUGUAUUGAUAUACUAGAGCUUGGAACUAUUUUUGUUGCAACAAGAGUGUUUGUGAUAUGAUUAAUGUAUGGUGGUCUGUAAGCUUUUAGUUUAAUAAAUUUCAUACUUGC